CAAUUAAACAUUUUUGAGCAAGCAACAUUUUCCUCAGGAUAGACUGGUUCGGAAUACAAACGCACCUUUACACUUUCGUUGCAUUCUGGGAAAUGUAGGAGGAAACCGGAAGUGAAGGGUUUUUUUUGUGCUGCUGCUGGAUUGGCCACUUUAAUCGUUUAACUCCGAAUAGCUCUCUGGUAUAUAUGGCAUGUAACAGGGGGAAGGUAACUGACUUCAUUUCUUCUAGGACGGACAUAAAGUUGUACGAAAAUGGCCGUAGAAAAGGUGAGUGUGGUCUUCAAGCUGUACUGCCUGGCAGUGAUGACGCUGGUGGCAGCUACGUACACUGUGGCAUUAAGGUACACACGGACCAUUUCAUCAGGGGACCUGUACUUCUCUACCACAGCGGUGUGCAUCACUGAGGUCAUUAAAUUAAUUCUGAGCCUUGGGAUGCUGGCAAAAGAAACGAGUAGCAGUGUACGGUUCAAGAACAUGUUAGCGGAGCAGAUCAUCUACAGCCCGAAGGAACUGCUGAAGCUGAGUGUGCCUUCGUUAGUGUAUGCAGUUCAGAACAACAUGGCCUUCAUUGCACUCAGUAACCUUGAUGCAGCAGUUUAUCAGGUGACUUAUCAGCUGAAGAUCCCUUGCACGGCCUUGUGUACAGUCCUCAUGCUGAACCGGUCUCUCAGCCGGCUGCAGUGGUUUUCUGUUUUCAUGCUUUGUGGUGGCGUAACGCUGGUUCAGUGGAAGCCUGCAGAAGCUACCAAAGUUCAGAUUGAGCAGAAUCCCUUUAUUGGGUUCUUGGCUAUUGCUGUGGCUGUCAUCUGCUCUGGAUUUGCAGGUGUGUACUUUGAGAAAGUGUUGAAGAGCUCUGAUACAUCCCUGUGGGUCCGAAACAUUCAGAUGUACCUCUCUGGCAUUGUGGUGACCUUGAUUGGAGUCUUCAUCAACGAUGGAGAAAAGGUCAUGGAGAAAGGCUUCUUCUAUGGCUACACACCAUGGGUGUGCUUGGUUGUACUUCUGGCCAGUGUUGGCGGUCUUUACACAUCCGUAGUGGUGAAGUAUACGGACAACAUCAUGAAGGGAUUUUCAGCUGCAGCGGCCAUUGUUCUCUCAACAGUUGCAUCGGUCCUAUUGUUUGGACUGCAGAUAACAAUCACAUUUGCUUCUGGAGCGUUGCUGGUGUGUAUUUCCAUUUACCUCUAUGGACUUCCAAAGCAGGACACCUCCACAGUGGCCCGGCCAGAUAAAGCGACAGACUCCGAACUUAAACAGAAACUAAUCAAUGUGUGAGUCACAAACUCACCAAAGGA